AAAAAACUUGUACUUAAUUCUUUUUUGUUUUUUUUCCGGCGAUCCAUUUAAACCAAACCCAAACCCAUUUUUGAAGAUUUAAAAGAGUUGGAUUUUUGGGCAAACCCAAAAACCCAUUUGAUCUGCCAUGGCCGCCAAACCCAUUUCCCGGCGACCAGCCUUAACAGUUCUCCGACAGCAAUUCCUCAGGCCCAACCGCAGCUCCAAACCUUUUCCUCCUCUCAGGUACGCCUCUCCUUCUCAAAUUUCACUUCUUCUCAACCCAUCAUCAUCUCCAAUCCCCAGGUCCUCCGAUGCCGAAAAGCCCAAAUCCCAAGGCAGCAAAACCGCCAAAGCCAUGGCGUCACUCAUCAACUCCAACCCAUGGUCAUCUCACCUCCAGUCUUCUCUCUCUUCUCUCUCUCCCUCCAUCUCCACCACCACCGUCUCCCAGACCCUCCGCCGCAUCAAAACUCCAACCCAAGCCCUCAAGUUCUUCAACUGGGCCGAAGCAAUGGGCUUCUCCCACAACGCCCAAUCCUUCUUCAUGUUGCUUGAGAUCUUCGGCCGGAACCGGAAUCUCAAUGCCGCUAGAAAUCUCUUGUUUUCGAUUGAGAAGAGGUCCAAUGGGAAGGUUAAGCUCGAGGACCGGUUUUUUAAUAGCUUGAUUAGGAGCUAUGGGGAUGCAGGGUUGUUUCAGGAGUCUGUGAAGCUUUUUGGGACGAUGAAAACGAUGGGGAUAUCGGCUUCUGUUGUUAGUUUCAAUAGUUUGCUUUCGAUUUUGCUUAAGAGGGGUAGGACUAGUCUGGCUAAGAAUGUUUAUGAUGAAAUGCUUGGAAUGUAUGGAGUUACGCCGGAUACGCAUACGUUUAAUAUUUUGAUUAGAGGGUUCUGUCUGAACUCCAUGGUUGAUGAGGGGUUUCAUUAUUUUAAGGAAAUGUCGAGGUUGAAAUGUGAGCCGGAUGUGGUUACUUAUAAUACGAUUGUUGAUGGGUUGUGUAGAGCAGGGAAGGUUGAGAUUGCGCGAAAUGUGGUGAAGGGGAUGAGGAAGAGAAGUGGGGAGUUGAAUCCGAAUGUUGUUACUUAUACGACAUUGAUUAGAGGGUAUUGUGUGAAAGAAGAUGUUGAUGAGGCUUUGUGUGUUUUGGAGGAGAUGAGUAGUCAAGGGUUGAAACCAAAUGAAAUUACCUAUAAUACUCUGCUUAAAGGGCUUUGUGAAGCAAAGAAGCUAGAUAAGGUAAAAGAAGUCUUGGAGGGAACAAUGAGAGGUGAAGGAUUUACUCCUGAUACGUGUACGUUAAACACGCUGAUGCAUUCGCAUUGCAAUGCAGGAAACUUAGAGGAAGCAUUUAAGGUUUUCACAAUGAUGUCAGAGUUACAGGUCCCUCCAGAUUCAGCUACAUACAGCGUUUUGAUACGCAGUUUGUGUCAACGAAGGGAUUAUGGUAAAGCUGAGGAGUUGUUUGAUGAGCUAUCCAAGAAACAAAUCUUGUUAAGUGAUCAUGGCUGUACACCUGUUGUUGCCUCAUACAAACCUAUCUUUGAGUACUUAUGUAGUAAUGGGAGAACUAAGAAAGCAGAUGAAGUGUUUAGGCAGCUACUGAAAAGAGGAACACAAGAUCCUCCAUCCUACAAGACUUUGAUCAUGGGCCACUGUAGGGAAGGCACAUUUGAAGCUGGGUACAAACUCCUAGUCUUGAUGCUUAGAAGGGAUUAUGUUCCUGAUGUCGAGAUUUAUGAUUCCUUGAUUGAUGGUCUGUUGGAAAAGGGUAAGCCCCUUCUUGCACAACAGACUCUAGAGAAGAUGCUGAAGAGCUCUCAUCUCCCAGAAACAUCUACUUUCCAUUCUAUACUGGCAGCUCUUUUAGAAAUGCAUUGUGCCCGUGAAUCUGCAAGCUUUGUUAUUUUAAUGUUGGAGAAAAACAUUAGACAAAAUAUUAACCUCUCAACAGAUCUUAUAAGGCUUCUUUUCAGUGAGGGAUUGCGAGAUAAAGCAUUUGAGAUUGUAGGGAUGCUGUAUGAUAACGGAUACUCGAUUAAAAUAGAAGAAGUGGUCAGUUUCCUUUACCAGAGCAGAAAGCUAAUAGAGGCAUGUGAAAUAUUGCGAUUUAGUCUGCGGAAGCAAGAAAAUGUCAGUAUUGAUAUAUUUGACCAAGUUAUAUUAGGGCUAUGUAAUAUCAAUAAGCUUCGAGAAGCAUUUGGCUUGUACCAUGAAUUAAUUGAGAAUGGCGACCACCAGCAGUUGCCGUGCUUACAUCAUUUAAAGUCUUCCCUAGAGGUUGCAGGUAGAUCAGUUGAAGCUGACUUUGUCUCUAAAAGAAUGCCAAAACAUCAGCUGGUGAACAAAUCUGGGAAGUCAAGACCUCAACUGUAAGUCUAAGACCAUGCUGUACAGAGUGCUGAUGUAAUUCUUCUCAACGUUGGGAAUGCCGGAAUGGGCUAUCAGGGUUGUUAUAGUCCUUCAGAGUUGGCUGAACAGUUCUUCACAUCAAGAUACGUUCUUAGCUUGGUACAGCAUAUCAAGACCUUCUCAGUUGCCCAAAGAUUCUGAUAAUGGCUACGCACUUCUCUUCGACGCUUGCAGAUUUUGUGUUACCCUGCUCUGCAGUGCUUGCCAGAUAGUGGACUACCCUCUUCUCUUUCUGAUCUAAAUAUCGAUGGAUGUCCUUUGCUUGAGAAACGGUGCCAAAGAGAGACGGGUGAAGACGGGCCCAAGAUUGCUAACAUCAAGUGCAUAUAUAUCAAGUUCAAAAGGAUAUGACAAUGACAGAGGGCUUGCAUUCUGAUUAAUUUGGCCAUGUCUCAGAGAGCUUGCAUAUUCUGCGUGCAAGAUCCUAUUGUUUGAACUCAUUGUUGAUUCCACAGUUCGAGGGUCUUGCUUGAACUCCAGAUUGAUGGGUCAGAUUUGGUCUCUUUACAAACUAAAUCAAAAUUUGAAAAAAGAAAUAAACAUUUCCAGAAAAUAAAUAGUACUAUUUAUCACUUUCCAUCAUUUCGAAAAUAGUAGAUUUCGGUUCCAUAAAAGCUGAACAUGUAAAAUCUAUUCCGGUUCCAAGGUAGUCUAGUGCAAUGCCAAUUGAUUUGAGCUGUGAUGCUUGUUCUUUUUAUGCUGCAUGUCAGCAAGGAGAUUCCUUUGCGGACUGUAUCAACUCUUCACUCUUGGACUUCUGGACACCCCAGAGAGCCACGAGAGGUGUCUACGUGAUUACGUUUUUGGUGCUACUUCGAUGGUCUACCUACAGCCCCUUACAUUGCUGGGAAAACUUUUGCAGUGAUGGCAGGAUAACUAAUAGUGGCUUCAACUUUCGAGGAGCAGACAUAGAAAUAGUAUAGAGAAGUAUUCUGCAGUUUGCAGUAUGUAUAAGCUGUACCUAGCUACAUUAGAAGAUAUUACAGUCGUGCCUACAUUAGAAUAGACUACUGUGUUUACUGGGAAAGUAUUUGACAGUACUAGACUCUUUUUAUUUCUGGAUACAUGAUCAAUUGAGCUAUUUAAUUUUGCUA